UUUUAGUUUCCAUAAACAUUUGCCUUGGCUGUGCUUGGAAUUGUUGAGGAACCCCGUCAUGGAUGUAUUUCUAAACACUGUUUCGCGGAGUUAUGGCAAGAAUGUGGGAUGGCUACAUUUCUGAAUGAAAGACUUCCUCCCCGAAGUCCUCGCGGAGGAAGAGGACCCGGUAACGUUAGCAACAGCAUUGAUUAAAUGACCAGAGAGACCAUUGCCAGAAAGUGAAGGAGAGGAGGAGGCGCAUAGCCAAGCUGACUGCACAGRCAUGCACACAACUAUAACUUCUGAAAGUGACGCCAGAGGCCACCGCUCCACCCCGCAAAAAGGGGACACAGAAAAGUAACUUCUUCCUAUAAACACCACCACUCAUUUGACGACCGGAGCCAACGCAACAGUUUACAAGACCACACCAGCGACAAGGCUAAACUGUACGCGGCUAUAAAAUCAAAAGUCGAGAUAGUUUUCAAGAAAAAGUAACGUUUGGAAUUGCAAGCGCACACUAGCAAGAAACGCUUGUGAAGUUUCUCCCAGAUGUUCGGCAUCAUGAGCCGAAUGUCCUGCUUCGGUGUUCUUCUCAGGACGUCUGUCGUCCUAUAUCUGUUUCUCAAAGGCUCACAAGCUCAAUGUGCUCCCUGUACGAAUUUCAAAGCCAGUACAACAGCAACAGAGAUUAAUAUUCAGGUACACUCCAACUGCAACGUGAGCACUGGCAGUACUUCAGUUUUCACCAACUCAACUAUGGCCACUCUGUCUGGACUGGCUCCUGGGUCCACCCACCUUGUGCAUGUCCUGUGUAACGAUAACAAACAAUUCAACUGCUGCGAUAACUUCACAACAAAGCCUGAAACCAUCACAAUCCUCACUGUCACCAAAAUCACAACAUCAUCGGUGUCUCUGAGCUGGACUAAACCAGAGGGUAGCUCCUUCUAUAGAGUAAAGUGGACUGAUGGCAGUAUCAAUGACAGUCAGAAUACCACAGGAACUUCUGUAAAUAUUACUGGUCUCACUGCUGGAGUGCAGUAUGACUUCGCAGUCACUGCAGUGGCUGAAGAUAACAAAAGUGAAGGACGAAACAAAACCGUUUUGAAAUAUACAAAACCUGCUGUCAUCGCAACCCCUACUGUCAUUCAGACCACCACGUCGCUCUCUCUGAGCUGGACCAAGCCUACAGGAGAGGCAGCAAGCUACAGGGUAGAGUUUCAUAACAGUGGAACAGGGAAGGACCAACUUACAUCCACAACCUCUGCCAUCAUACAGAACCUGACCCAAGGGACCCAGUACACACUCCAGGUCAUUGCCAUCGCCCAGGACAAGAUAACAGAAGGCGACCCUCGCACAAGCCCGGAGUUGUCGGCAACCUCAGUGUGA